CUCUCGUGCUUGACUAGUCAGUCUUCUAUUAAACACUGGAUAGUUCACUUCUCGUUGCGUAUCAUGCGUUAGACGUAUCUCGACGUCAAGAUUCUCCCGUGAGAGACUUUCUCUCCUUUUCCCGUUUCUUCAAGCAACCCCUCUCUAUCUUUUUCUUUAAAAAUUCUAUUAUACAAGUUCGUACGCCUAUAUAGGUAUACUCGCGAACGUAUUUAUAAAUACGUAAAUUUACAUUUGAAGUACAAAAUAAAAUAAAUAUAUGUACACGUGUAUAGUAAAGCGAGUUUUGUGCUUUGAAAAAAAAAAGGAUAAAAAGAAUAAGAUCUGCGAGGUUAAUGAAGAUAGAGAUUAAUUAAUUAAAUCGGAAUCACAAUGCAUCGUGAUACUAAUAAUCAACAUGGGUGCAAGCUUAAUAAAAUGGUGUCCAAUACAAUAGUUGCACCGUCCUGCAAUUACUUAUGGGAUCAUCUGUGUCUUGAUCAAGUCGCUGGCAUGAUGGGCUCAAUAUACGAGGGUGGUCCUGAACCGGAACAAGAUUAUUUUCCAAAGAAAAAUCGAAUUCCAUCGUUACACAUGGAUAACCCAACGUUCGAGAAUGUCAACAAAGCCGAAGGCCGUUGUACGGCCGGGACUGAACUGUCGGAGGUGAAAGUCGGCGUGUCUACAGCGACGUCGACGGCAGCUACAUCCACGCCUGUAUUGUCACGAAGUAUACCUUGUGGGAAUGGCGGCUGCAAGGCCACCAGGAGUCACGGAGAAGCACGACCAGAAAGUCCCUGGCAUUUACUAAAAACGAUCUUCCUCGUCUCUGUAAUUGUCGCUUUGGUUAUAUGGGUGAUUGUCUAUACGUUACUGGCCCAGUACCGGAUCUUGUAACAGAAGUGCCCUGCAUAAUACUUUAAGGAGAAUGGGAGAACAAGACAUUCUAGAAGAAAAAAAAUCAAAAACGCUAAUAGAAACACAUUUUCUACUUCGUUCACAGCUACCUACGACGAUACUGAAAUGAUAUCUACGUCAACGAUCAUUCCACCGAGCUAAUUUUGCUCGCACAUUGUAUUCUCUACGGAAAAGAAAGAGGGAUUUGCGAAAACAAUAGCGUAUUAAUUUUUAAUUAAUUUUAACCUGAGGUAUAUUGUAUAUUUUUUUUUUCUGUGAACUGUUAUGCGUACUAAAUUGUUGAUUAGUGAAAGAAACUAUACGGUACAUCUUUUAUAUUUGAUUGUACGUCUAGCAUAGGUUUGACUUUUCUUUAUUUAUAAUUAAAAUUGUAAUUGAAAGUAUAGAAUGCACGAUCGAUUUAUUUUAGGAUAUUUUUCUUACUGUAACGAACUCGAGGUAUAAUUAUAUAUUUUGUACAAUACACUUAUUCUAUUUAUAAUUUAAUAGUGGUAACAGUGAUAUCACUGCGUGAUACAUGUCUAUACAGCUUUAUUAAAAUCAGAAAAAAAAGUACUUGUAACAGUUGCACAAAGCAAUGCAAAUUGUAUACGUAUUAUCCAUUACUAAAAAGUGACGCUGAAGUUGGUUAAGAAAGACUGACAAUCGUUCGAUCGAAAUUUUUUUAUCAACACCCUCGUUCUCGACGAACAGUCAAAGUCAUAAGUUUUCACACGUGUCAAGAGAUUUUCAGAGUUUUAGAAACUUGUACUUAUAAGACAUAUUUUUUGUACGAUAUCUUCAAAUUAUGGAUAUGUGGUUUGUUAUUGAAUAAAGGUAAUAUACAAAAAUUUCUUAUAACCAGAAGAAGACGAAACGUAUACAGUAUUCAUGAUUAGUCUGUAUUUCCAACUGUUACAACAAGGUUAUAUUGGCAGAAUAUUAUAUACAUUAUCCAAUAAAGCUAAAACGACAAAGUAA